UGCGGAAACAGUUUGGCAACCAAAGUGAGGAGCGAACCUUAUCACAAUGCAGUUAGCCAGCUAACGAGUUAAAUUAGUGUAAUUCAUAGAGUUUUUCUGGUUUACGCGAGUUAGACCGGUUUAGACUGCGUAGCACCGAGAUGCUGCUUCGCGUUUUUCGAGUAGGACUAAGUUAAUGUGCUAACCUAGCUGGCUAAUUUUAGCUGGCUAACUGCAUUGCAACGGAUGCACGAAGCUAGCCAUUAGAUAAUUGCUCCAUAAUGUAACUUUAGUCUAGUCGUAUUUUCGUUGGAACUGCGUACGAUUGUUCUUCAUACAGCUGGUAAACGGGUGUGUCGCUACAGACUCUUAUGGGCACUUAAUAUUCACACUGAGGACGAUUUAGUAUGCAGAAGUCUGGGGAAUAUGAUUUAAGUCAAAGAGGCUGUGGUCAGGGCUGAACUGUUAGUUACUGCAGUCCCGACAGAAGAGAGUGAGCAAUUUAUUGAUUAUUGUAAUUAAAGAACAAAAAAUUCGAGGUACGUUUGCAAAAAUGAGAGUCAUGGAGAAAAAUGUGAUGCGUUUAGUGGCCGUGCAGCACCUCCGCUCAGCGUACGGGAUAAAGACAAAGAACUGGAACAAAAACAAAGCGGCCAGCUGCAAGUCAACAGCCCACAACACGACAAAGGUUUUUGGUGUGCCCCUGGAGAAUUUGCCAUGUUACAAUAUGGAAUGUGGGAGUGUGCCAAGGUUUCUGGUUGACGCAUGCAUGAGUCUGCUAGCACAUGUUGACACAGAGGGCCUGUUCCGAAAAUCAGGCUCUGUUGUUCGACUGAAAGCACUCAGGGCAAAAUUGGAUGCGGGUGAGGAGUGCCUAUCCUCUGCUCUUGCCUGUGAUGUGGCGGGUCUGGUGAAGCAGUUCUUCCGGGAGCUACCGGAGCCUGUGCUACCCGUAGAGCUGCAGGAAGCCUUCCUCAAGGCCCAGCAGCUCCCAAAUGAGGAUGAGAGGACCUCUGCCACCAUACUGCUGUCUUGUGUUUUGCCGGACAGAAACUUAAGUGUGCUGCGCCAUUUUUUGGACUUUCUUUACAAUGUGUCUAAAAGGAGUGCAGAGAAUAAGAUGGAUAGCAGUAACUUGUCUGUAAUCUUGGCCCCCAACCUCCUUCACUUUGGAGAUGGUACAGAGAAGAUAAACGCCAACACUGAGAAACGCCUUAAACUGCAGGCCGCCGUAGUCCAGUGCUUCAUAGAAAAUGCGCAAAGCUUUGGUGUGUUGCCAAGGUUUCUACAAGAGAAAGUUCCUAGCAUGAUGGGCUGUGAGGCAGGGCCUCUGUCUCCUGUUCAUGAUGAACUAGAAGAGCCGGACGUAAACUCAGGAAUGAAGAGGAAAAGCAGGCGCAGCUUGGGCGAUGUGGUCAAUGGUGCACUGAAUAAGAUAAAAACUAGUAGAACACCCACAAAUGCCUCCCAGACAGACAGUCUUGUCUUUACCUCUGCAACUCCUGUGAUUUCAACACCAGCCUCCAAGCGAAAACUUCCUCUGGAGUCUGGCAGCUCUUUUGGGUUUUCAAACAAGAAACGUAGAUCAGUCAAAAAGAACCUUGGGAUAGAAUUGCUUCCUAAUAUUUUAUUCACCGGGCCCUCUACACCUGGAUCAGCUUGCAGUACUUCGGGGGUGUUGGAUUCUUCCCAACAUACCAUGCCAUCAGCAGGGAGGUCUAGAAGGCAAUCAGCCACUUCUGCAAGGAAGAAGAGCCGAAGAUUCAGCGGCAGACACCUUGUCAGCAGAGUGGAGUCUGGACGGGCUGGCUGCUUUUCUCCUAAAGUAGCCAAAAAAGAAGCUCCGCACAAGUCUCUGCGUUUGCGUUUUAGCCUCGGGGGGAAGAGCAGCAAAGACGCUGCAUCAGAGUCCAUUGGCUUGCGACUUGCCACACAGGAGAGUGCCACCAGUUUCCGCUUCACCAAAGAGAUGGAGUUUAUUCCAUCGGCUCAGCCUGGAAAAACUGAGUGCAAGAGCUCCAGGUUCAUUAGUAAGUCUGAAGAUAACUUGCUGACACCCAGAUGUGACUCAAGUGCCCACCGGACCUCAUGGUGUGCAGAGACCCCCGUAGGAGCCCAGGCCUUCAGCAGUGGGUCUUUCACAGAUACUCCUAUGAACCUGUGCCUAAAAAGCAACUACGUGUCCGAACCUGCCAUCAUUGUAUCCAAGCCCCCAGUAAGCAGCCUCCCCAUGAAGCUGUGCUGUGCUUCCAGUGCAGAGAGCCUUGAGAACGAGACCUCCGUCCCUGAAGCCGAGGGACAAACAGGUCCCACCCUGCUGAGAAUCAAGAAGGCCUUCUCAGAGUCUGGAAGUAAUCUCCAGGCUGUCAUACAGGACUCCUGCAAGGCCUCAGGAGCAGAUAUGACAAAACCAUCCAAUAGCAUCCUGGUCCCUCCACCAGAGACUGUGACAGUCAAACCUCUGUCUGUGCAAAUUGAAGCCCCCAGCUUCUCUAUGCAGCAGAGCCUUCUGGUUAAUGAACAGAACAUUACUUUUGGCCAGAUUGAAAUUGCUGCUUUGUCUCCUUUGCAUGUUGAUAGUGUAGUUUUUGAGGCUGGUGAGUGCUGUAGUCCAGUAAUGAAGGAUGAAAGAGGUUCUUGCUGUGCUUCUCCUACCGGUGGCCAUAACAGCUUCAUGGUGGGAGAAGGAGAAAGGGAGGUAGAGCAGAUGAACUGCAGCAAGUUGAUUGAUGCUCUGGAUAUUCAAAGUCCUGCUCACUUCAGACUCGGUGUCUCCUCUGGACUGCAGUCAACUCCAUAUAACAGAGGUCUUCAACUCAGAAAUGAGUUUGUGACACCGCCUAAAAUGAAUGCUAUAGUCAGUGCGGUACAUGAGGAGAAAGAGUUUUCUCCAGAGACUGAUACCAAAGUCCAGAAACAGCCGACCUUUUCACCACACAGCCAGGAGGCUGAAAGGCGUCGUGUGGCAGACCACAUUCAGCACUUCAACAAGCUCACCCUCUGUUCUCCCUCAGGCUCUAAGAGCAAAAAACUCACCAAGUCACCACUCAAAUUCCACCGCACCCCUGUGCGUCAGACUGUUUGCAGGAUCGACUCUCUCUUGAGAGAGAGCAGGAAGCCUGUGAGAAAUGUAGGUCUCGCCACCAGCCAGCGUGGGCAAAUGGCAAAGGCUGUGAGUCUAGAGAGUGGCCUCUCCCCUCAGCCAAAACUUAAACCACACCACAGAGAACACGGGGAGCCAUUCAACCGCAUGUGUCCUGUAAAGAAACCCCCUCCAGUCCCUCCCAGAAAGCCAAGCACCAGGUCCUCUGCUCUGGGUGACGUGACCAACAAGGUCCAACCAAAGAUCCAAGUGGACUGUUUGGCCCCUGAUCCAUCAGGAGCUCAGAAGCCACUGCAGCAGGUAGCAGAGAAGGACAUGAACUAUUACAGAGGUUCACCCAGAAACCCUCUCAACCAAGGAAGGCUGCUGUCUGCUACUAAACCUGUUGAUUUAUAGUGACUAUUCUUUUUGCCUUUUCUUUCUUUUUACUAUGCAGGUUUCUGCUAAGAGUGACGUUAAACAUUCUAACGUAUUCAUAUUUUCAGGGUCUUAAAUUAUUGUCAGUUGUCCAGGUGCUGUUUUUGUGUGUUUUUUUUUUUUUUUAAGGCCUUAUUGGGAGAUGUUUGUAUGCCUUAUAUCUGUUUUACUUCAGUAAAACAAAAUUAGACAUUAAAAUGUUGACACAUAUCAGCCUAUAAGAUUACAUGUUGGUGUUUAGUGUGCAGGCCAAAUUGUGUAUAAUGUGAUUGGUAUGACUGGAGAUGUUUUGAGCGCUUUUAUUUAUGCCUUUUAUUGUUAGGUAGAUGUUUA